UGUGUGUGGAGAGGUGGGUGCUUGGGGGAUAAAUACGGUGAUGAAGAGUGAGGGAGAGGAGGGGGAGGAGCAGAGAGAUGAAUCCUUUCUCUAAUCCUCUAGACACACGCUCGGUCUGGCUGCCUACUAUAGCUCCGAGAGAGGGAGCGGGAGGCUGCAGGUGGAGGGUGCAAACGGAGAGUGGAACCAAGUGGGGAAGGAGUCAAGGAUGAGGUGGGGACCCCGAAGAAGAGGUCUCUCUUGUUAGGAGGAAUAGAGAGGACGAGGAGGAGGAGGAGGAAGAGGAGAGGGCGGCUUCAAGCGAACUGUUGGCGGGAGAGUGAUGCUUCUCUUUGCCGCUGCUUGAACCAAAACCAAGAGUGAGGAGAAGACGAAGAAGCACUUACUCCGAAGAGAGCGAGAGAGAUCUGGGAGGACAUGAAGAGGACGGGAGAGAAGGACGGAUCUCUUUUAAUUGAGGCUCACAUGAACGCGUGGACAUGACCCCGGUGUGUGUGUGUGAGGAGGUCUUCUCCGGGUGAUGGCUGCCUGUUGGCUCUGAUCGCGGCUGCUCCUUGAAAGUCGUCCCGGGAGACAAGAACUUGUGUGACAGGAAGUGUCGGAGUGGACUCGCGGGGAAGUGGGAAAGGUUCCCAACAGCGCCCACAGUUGCUCUGUCUUGGGCGGAAAAGGAAGAAGGGGACUCGAGCACCUUCCCUGGUGUGUUACUGUAAAGGCCGGGGUCAGCUUUAUUGUCCCUCUCCUCAGUGGAUGCCUCCAAACCGCCGCCAUGGGAGAAUGGACCAUCCUCGAGCGCCUCUUGGAGGCGGCCGUGCAGCAGCACUCCACUAUGAUAGGAAGGAUACUGCUGACGGUGGUUGUGAUCUUUCGCAUCCUGAUUGUGGCUAUUGUGGGGGAGACGGUGUAUGAGGAUGAGCAGACCAUGUUCAUCUGCAACACCCUGCAGCCGGGCUGCAACCAGGCGUGCUAUGACAAGGCCUUUCCUAUUUCCCAUAUCCGCUACUGGGUUUUUCAGAUCAUACUGGUGUGCACGCCCAGCCUCUGCUUCAUCACGUACUCCGUUCACCAGUCGGCCAAACAGAGAGACAGGCGUUACUCCUUCCUCUAUCCCAUAAUGGAGCGGGACUACGGAGGAAGGGAUGGGGCGCGAAAGCUCCGAAAUAUUAACGGAAUUUUAGUUCAGCACGGCGGUGACGGCGGAGGAGGUAAAGAAGAACCGGACUGCCUUGAAGUGAAGGAGAUCCCCAACGCCCCCCGAGGCCUCACCCACGGGAAGAGCUCCAAAGUACGUCGACAGGAAGGGAUCUCACGGUUUUACAUCAUCCAGGUGGUGUUCCGAAACGCCCUGGAGAUCGGAUUUUUGGCAGGCCAGUACUUUCUCUACGGCUUCAGCGUGCCUGGGAUUUUCGAAUGUGACCGCUACCCGUGUCUAAAGGAGGUGGAGUGCUACGUGUCUCGCCCCACGGAAAAAACGGUUUUCCUGGUGUUCAUGUUCGCGGUGAGCGGAAUUUGCGUGGUGCUCAACCUGGCCGAGCUCAACCAUCUGGGCUGGCGCAAGAUUAAAGCGGCCAUCAGGGGCGUCCAGGCCCGCAGGAAAUCCAUUUGUGAGAUCAGGAAGAAAGACAUGGCGCAUCUGUCCCAACCGCCCAACCUGGGGCGCACACAGUCCAGCGAGUCAGCUUACGUCUGAUGAUAAAGAGCAGAGGAAGAGGAGUGGAAUGAAUGUGCGGGAGUGCAAAAAAAAAAAAAAGGCAGCGACUAUGAUUUUUAAAGGGAUGGAGAGGUCAAAUCAGAUGAAGGGACGCCUCUCUGUGAUGACGGGAUGAAGACCAACCCUCCACCUGGGUCACUUGAGGAGUGAAAACUGAAAAUUCAAACAUCUUUCGAGAGCUGUUCUAACUGCAUUUUUUUUUAACUACAAUCUCCUCUGUCCUAUUUUAAAUCCUCAAAAGGCAGGACAGGGAACAACUGAGUGGAAGAGAACUGUUUUAUGUUAUUUUGGGCUAGUGGGAUUGGGGAGGCUGGGGGGCGGAGGGGGGACAUGACAACAGUCCAUGGUGCUUUUCUGGACUGUGUCAGUGUCAGUGUCAGUGAAAAAAAGGGAUGGACGACGGGUCAGGGGGGGUGAGCCGCAACAGCGUGAGGAAAAGGGACGGAAGACCCGUCGGAGCCAACGUCGGGGGAAGGGGGGGGGGAUAAGGCAAGUUUGUGAGGGCGGAAGAUUAGAACGUGAAAGAAGAGUCGCAUCCCCCAGCGGCGGGAGAGUGAAGCCGAGUGAGAAAAAGCUGCUUCUGAUCACCGUCAUCCUUGUCCGAGCCAAAGCCAAGAGAAGAAGAGUGAUGAUGUUUAUGUUUUGUCUCUUGGCAAAAGAUUAUUUCAACACAAACACAGCUAGUACCACACCCCCCCAACCCCCCAACCCCUCAGCCCCUUCCCUAUUUGUCGCUUACGCCACAGUUGGCAGCUAUGCUAGACCCCCAGGGGGCUGCUCGGGAUGACAGUAAUGACCCCUUGCUGCUCUCCUUCUACGUCCAUGUUGGAGAGGAACAAGUGAACAGGAAGACGCGGAGUGUGUAAACGCUCCCAAAGCACAAACCAAACGGUCCUCCGAUGCGGCAUUCCAGGGCGCUGAGAGUCGAGGGAGAGGGAACGAGAGGAGAAGCCAUCAUUUUAUUUUUACAGCUUGAAUUCAUUCUACGACAUAUAUCAACAACGUCUUAUGCUUUUCUUUUGAGAACGCAAUGGUGCCAUCCUUGACAGAUUUUAAACAUUCUUGAAAAGAUGAAUAUAGCGUAUCAAUGAUGUUAUUUAUACAUUUAGAGUAUAUCCAAAUAGAUUUAUUUAUCUUUAUGGGUGAGUCCUUUGGGACGUCACGUUCAAUUUUCCAAAUGUGUUUUGUCUUUUUUUUAAAAUUUUUUUUUAAAAUUCUUUUUCACUAAUGAAACUGCUUAAUGACAUGAGAAUGAAAGGGUUACCCCUCAUGAGCUAUUGUUUUUUAAACAAUAUUAGUGCGUGCAACUGAUUUUGCGAUGUCUUCCGGAGAGCCAGCGUCCUCUGCAGCGGACAUUUAAGUUUUGCAGAACAUGCCCGCAAUUGUCUGACGACUAGGGAUGUGUACCGUAUUUUUCGGACUAUAAGUCGCAGUUUUUUUCAUAGUUUGGCCGGGCUCCAGUACAACUUAUAUAUGUUUUUUUCCUUCUUUAUUAUGCAUUUUCGGCAUACUCCGGUGCGACUUAUGCUCCGAAAAAUACGGUACUUAAUCUGUACAACCGGGUACCGAUUCACGUAAAACCAAACAGUGCCAUAUUCCGAUACCUUUGUAGCACGGGACGUCAGGUCCGGUUACAGACUCGGAUACAACUAGUCAAGCACUCAUAGCGGACUCAGUAGUACUGAACAUGUUCCCUGCCAACAAAGCAAGAAGGCGCUCAAAAGCACAGUAAGGCGCCACUUUUCAAACUGCGUAAGCUCGAUGCUAAUUUACAUUGGAUUUGCCACAGACAUGCUAAAGAUUAUUAUUAGCGAUUAUACAUGGCGAUUUCAACACCUCCAAAUUUAGUAAUAAAAACUACAACUGGGAUGCAAGUUACAAUCAAACAGCUGUAAUACGUGCAAUACUUACAGUAUGUACAGUUGUAGGGUUCAACAAAAGAAAAGACUGGCACUUUCAAUUUACUGGCUUAGGCGACACACUGUAGUCUAUACACUACCGCCAUCUAACCUCUUGGAAUUGCAACUGCAUGCUUCAACCCAGCAGGCAUAAGACAUUGAAACAAUAUUGAGAACCUGUAGAAUUAGGUCCUGACGUCGAGCACUUCUUACUUAACGUUGAAACAACAUGCUUUUUGACAACCUUUAAUCACUGUCAGGUUGUGACGUUGAUUUGACCAUUGAGAUUUGGUCGUUUCCCAACCAACGACGUGGAUCCAACGUUAGACAUCAACGGUGUCUCAAUUUAAAAAUACAACUAUUUUGCAACAUUGCUUCAGAGUCAGUUUUAAAGGGGAACAUUAUCACCAGACCUAUGUAAGCGUCAAUAUAUACCUUGAUGUUGCAGAAAAAAGACCAUUUAUAUUUUUUUAACCGAUUUCCGAACUCUAAAUGGGUGAAUUUUGGCGAAUUAAACGCCUUUCUAUUAUUCCCUCUCGGAGCGAUGACGUCACAACAUGACGUCACAUCGGGAAGCAAUCCGCCAUUUUCUCAAACACAUUACAAACACCGAAUCAAAUCAGCUCUGUUAUUUUCCGAUUUUUCGACUGUUUUCCGUACCUUGGAGACAUCAUGCCUCGUCGGUGUGUUGUCGGAGGGUGUAACAACACGAACAGGGACGGAUACAAGUUGCACCAGUAGCCCAAAGAUGCGAAAGUGGCAAGAAAUUGGACGAAAUUUGUUCAAAAUACGAGGGUGUGGGGAAAGCCCACGAAAAUGGUCAGUCAUUUGUUCCGCACACUUUACCGACGAAAGCUAUGCUACGACAGAGAUGGCAAGAAUUUGUGGAUAUCCUGCGACACUCAAAGCAGAUGCAUUUCCAACGAUAAAGUCAAAGAAAUCUGCCGCCAGACCCCCAUUGAAUCUGCCGGAGUGUGUGAGCUAUUCAGGGACAAAGGACCUCGGUAGCACGGCAAGCAAUGGCGGCAGUUUGUUCCCGCAGACGAGCGAGCUAAACCCCCUGGAUGUCUUGGCUCACACUGCUUCUACCGUCCCUUAUGCCACCGAAAAUGAUCAAGAGAAGAAUAUCGACCCUAACUUCCCUGGCAUGCUGACAUCAACUCCAAAACUGGACAGAUCAGUUUUCAGGAAAAGAGAGCGGAUGAGGGUAUGUCUACAGAAUAUAUUAAUUGAUGAAAACUUUAUUCAUUACUCGCGGUUUUUACGUAAAUUAUUAUACAUAAACUGUGUUUACUAAUAAUUUAGCUUAAAAACAUUACAACACUUAACAACAAACACAUACCAAUCGUUGGUAAGAAGGCGAUCGCCGAAUUUGUCCUCGCUUUCUCCCGUGUCGCUGGCUGUCGUGUCGUUUUCGUCGGUUUCGCUUGCAUACGGUUCAAACCGAUAUGGCUCAAUAGCUUGAGUUUCUUCUUCAAUUUCGCUUAAGCCGCUGAAAUCCGAGUCUGAAUCCGAGCUAAUGUCGCUACCUUGCUGUUCUAUCCGCCAUGUUUGUUUGUAUUGGCAUCACUAUGUGACGUCACAGGAAAAUGGACGGGUGUAUAUAACGAUGGUUAAAAUCAGGCACCUUGAAGCUUUUUUUAGGGAUAUUGCGUGAUGGGUAAAAUUUUGAAAAAAACUUCGAAAAAUAAAUUAAGCCACUGGGAACUGAUUUUUAAUGGUUUUAAUCCUUCUGAAAUUGUGAUAAUGUUCCCCUUUAAAGGUCAUGUAUGUAUAAUCAACAUUGUAUGAAUGUCUUGUGCCUGCUGGGAUAAUAAUAUAUAAUACAGUACAGUACUUGCAAGUGAGACACAACAUUGUAAGAAAACAAGAUGACAAUUGAACAGCACAGCUCAGUGUUAAAUACUAAAUGAAAAAAAAUAUAAUUAAACAUUCAUGAACAUUUUUGAACAUACACAUUAGUAACACAAAAUUGGUAUCGUUGAGUACUGGUAUUGAGUCCCAAGUACCGGGAUUGAAAUUUGAAAGGUACCCAUCCCUACUGGCAGACAGACCAGACUGUACCAUGCCUCCCGCACAAAGUCAGCUGGGAUAGGCUCCAGCAUGCCUGCGACCCUUAUGAGGUUAAGCGGCACAGAAAGAGGAUGGAUGUGGCUAUUUCCCGAAAAUGUGUAGCUCUGACAAAAGAAAAGAAACGGCCACUGCAGAGGAUGCUGGUUCUCAGGACGAUAUGCAAUGUUUUGAAAAGUGCUGGGAAAAAAAUAAUCAAAAGUUUGUUAGUUUUUUUUCCCACAGAAAGCCUUGUUUUGCUUCAUCAAAAUCUGCUGCACAGCUUCAGGCAACCAAGGCCUGUGAGCCAUUUGAAAAAAAAAGGCAUGUUUACAUGAUGCAAUGUUGUUGAAUGAUCAAGCUGUGUUACCAAUGAAUAGUAGAUUGCAUGUGCAUUGAUCUCCUGUGGGGGUUUCAGCUUGCAUGCAAUGUAUGAGAAACGUAAAAGAGAGCUUUGAAAGAAGAAUCAUUUUUUUUUAAAGUGUUGCACCUUGAUUUGGGAGAGUGGCAGACAGAAGGAACUCUGAUUAGGUAGAAUUGUGUUGUCAGACACACACACAUAAACACUGUUACAAACUCACUGUGCGCCUAUGAAACCAGAUAUAUGGACGGUAAUGUUGACUAUAAAAGGGUUUUGGCUACCUCUUCAUCUGUUGGCAACCGAGAACGACCCAUUUAAAUCAUUUUGACUGAUUCUUGUACUGAGACAAAGAUGCCUCGACACGGUGAUGAUGAUAUCAGUUGUGACUAAACACCAGAAUGCUUCUUACGCACAACAUAGCAAACUCAACAGACACGUUGUCUUAUGUGGUGGUCACCAGAGGGGAAGAAACAACAGAUUAUUAAUCACAAGGCACUUAGGGUUAGAGCUAGGGGAUUUAACCCUAACCCUCAUACAUGAAAAAACAUAUGUCCGAUGUUUACAAUGUUAACAAGUCACCUGAUUACAAUCGCACAAUGUACAAUGUACAUAAUAUGCAUAACAAUAAUAAUAAUACAUUCAAAUGACCGAGGCUAUUACUGUUUUGAAUGUGGAUCUGUUUACUUUACAUGUACAUUCUUACUGAUUUAGGGUCAAGUCAAGUAGCGCUAGCAAGGCAUUGUCCAGUGCAACACAACGUACUAUUGCACAGCCACACUCACUGGCAUCCGUUACAUUAGCAGAACUGGCGUUCAACUUCAAAAGUUUCACUGUAUGUCCAUUAGAGUUGCAUUUAAAGGCCUACUGAAAUGCGAUUUUCUUAUUUAAACGGGGAUAGCAGGUCCAUUCUAUGUGUCAUACUUGAUCAUUUCGCGAUAUUGCCAUAUUUUUGCUGAAAGGAUUUAGUAGAGAACAUCAACGAUAAAGUUUGCAACUUUUGGUCGCUGAUAAAAAAGCCUUGCCUGUACCGGAAGUAGCAGACGAGUAGCGUGACGUCACAGGUUGUGGAGCUCCUCACAUCUGCACAUUGUUUACAAUCAUGGCCACCAGCAGCGAGAGCGAUUCGGACCGAGAAAGCGACGGUUUCCCCAUUAAUUUGAGCGAGGAUGAAAGAUUCGUGGAUGAGGAAAGUGAG